AUGGAGACAAACUCCACGCAAUUGGAAGCCUGCGAAGUGGCGACCAAAGUUCUGAUGGAGCGCGGCGAAACCCACGUAGCGCUGGCAGUCAUGGUCCGCUGUUUGGUGGCACAUCGGCACACGCCAAGCCUGACGUGCAGUCAGCUUGUCUGCGGAGUGAUGCGACACUGCAACGUGGAGGAGCUUUGCAGUGUGAUGACGCCGAACCCUGCCAUGGUCAACGAGACGCACAUUAAAUCUGUUGCAGAGGUCGUCGGCUAUGUUGGCCUCAUCAUGAAAGAGCGCGGGAUGGUCCUCGAGGCGAGCCGCCUUUACCGGAAAGCUCUCGUGCUGGCUCCGGAUCAUGGCUCCCUCUGCUUGAACUUGAUGCAUACCUUCGCGCUUCGAAGGGACGAUAUUCGGGGCCUAGCCUGGGCCCGGAAGUUCUUCGGGCUCUUGGCCAGAAAAAUCCCGCGCGUGGCGGCACUGAAUCGAGCCCUGCUCAGCGAAGAGCCGGAUACCAGUCAGAAGAUGUUCUCUUCGCGCGACUUCCCGGUUGAAAGCGAGUUUCGGGAUGCAAUCGCCAUCGGUUUCGUCGUGCUGAAGCUGCUUUUCCUGGCCCAUCCGCGCACGCCUCUGCCCUUCUGCCAGGAAGGCGAUGGAAGGCCGUCCUGGCAGCAGCGCUUGCGCGACGUCGAGGUCUCCGAGGAGAUCGUGGGCCCGCAGGUGGCAAGCUUGCUCGAUGAUACCUGGAGGCGACCGCCAGAGGCGGUCAAUGCCGGCGCACCUCGUCUGGGCGCGAUCGCAGCCCACGACCAGGUGCUUCGUUGGCUGGUUGCAUUGCUCGGAAAGUGCGUGGAGGGUCUAGAGUUACACCUGACCGCCGUCCGCAACGAGAAUGCAUACUUCAACUGCAUCAAGGACAUCCUGGCUCUGAAGGGUCCUGCGACGAUUCCCAGAAGUCCGGCGCUCUUCCGACCGCUGUAUGUCAUCGGGGAUUCGCAUGUGCUGCCAACGUCUUGGCAGACGGUGGAGUUCACGACCAGCCGCGGGAGCUAUCACUACGUCAUGGUCCCUAUGCUGGUCACCGGGUUGAAGAUCUGGCACCUGCGGGACGAAAGCAACUUCUACACGAAGUUUGCUUUCUGGGACAAGCUCUCGGUCUUGCCUGUAGAGGCUCCCGUGAUGUUCAUCUUGGGUGAGAUUGACUGCCGAGAAGGUGUCCUCAAAGCUGUGCAGAAGGGCAAGCACGAAAGCGUGGAGGAUGCUUUGUACCUUCUCAUUGGGCACUACACGGAAGUCCUCAAGCGCAUUCGCAGAAAGCUGGUUCACAAUGACCUCUUCCUCCACCCUGU